AUGGUUCUAUAUGCAGCCAUAAUAGUACCAGUGUUGUGCUCCCUAUACAUGUUCCACCGCAGAAGAUGUUGCAAACACCCCCUCUUGAGGGAUUACCCCAUUCUUGGCAUGUUACCAACCGUGCUCUUCAACUUGUGGCGCCUUCAUGAUUUUUUCACUGAAGGGCUCAUAAAACAUGGAGGCUCUGGUGACUUGAAAGGACCAUGGUUCACCAACAUGAACUAUUUUGUCACUUGUGACUCCCGCAACGUGCAACACAUGUUGUGCAAGAACUUCGACAACUAUGUCAAGGGACAUGACUUUCGUGAGAUUUUCGAACCAUUCGGAGAUGGGUUUAUCGCUGCCGAUUAUGAGACAUGGAAGUACAUCAGAACCCUUCUCCAUUCUCUGAUGAAUCAACCAAGAUUCAAAGCAUUUAUUGAUCAAACCGUUCAGAAGAAGAUACUCACAAGCCUGCUUCCAAUGUUUGAUCAUGCACAACAACUAGGGAGGAUGGUGAAUCUUCAAGAUGUUUUCUUGCGAUUCACCUUCGAUAACAUAUGCUUAACAACUGUAGGACACGAUCCUAAGUGUCUUUCUAUUGACUUCCCCGUAGUUGCAGUUGAGAAGGCUUUUAGAAUGUCUGACAAGUCGAUAUUCUAUAGACACACGGUGCCAAACUCUGUAUGGAAGCUCCAAAAGUGGCUCCAAAUUGGUCAAGAGAAGAAGAUGACAGAAGCAUCCAAAACAAUUGAUGAGUUCAUAUAUUCAUUCAUAACGUCCAAGCGAAAAGAGUUAAGGAAGUGCACAAAGGAAGAAAUGAAGGAAGUUCCAUUGGACUUGCUAAGUCUUUGGAUGACAGAAGAGGGAGGAUGUGAGCAUAAUGAUAAGUUCAUAAGGGAUUUUGCAUUUAACUUUAUUGUAGCGGGGAGGGGAUCCAUGGCUUCGACUCUUACCUGGUUCUUUUGGCUUGUUAUCAAACACCCUUUAGUGGAAGCUAAGAUUCUUGAAGAGAUCAAAGAUCAUUUUAAGACUAAUGAAAAGAAAAAUGAUGAAUAUGGUCAUGGUUUUGAUGAUCUGAAGCAAUCUGUAUCUGGGGAAGUUUUAGGUAUGGAGGAGGUGAAGAAGCUGGUUUAUCUGCAUGGUGCUCUGUGUGAAGCUCUGAGACUUUUCCCUCCGAUUCCUAUUGAACGGAAGCAAGCAGUUAAAGUUGAUAUUCUUCCAAGUGGGCAUAGAGUAAAUGGCAAUACAAUGAUAAUGUUUUCUUUGUAUGCAAUGGGGAGGUGUGAAGAGACAUGGGGAAAAGAUUGUUUGGAGUUCAAGCCAGAGAGGUGGAUAUCUGAGAAAGGAGAGAUUGUUAAAGUAGCAUCAUACAAAUUCAUUGCUUUUAAUGCAGGACCAAGAAGUUGCUUGGGAAAGGACUUGGCUUUGCUUCAAAUGAAGAUGGUGGCAGCUUCUAUGUUGUGGAGUUAUCGUUUCCAAAUGGCUGAAGGUCAUGUUGCAAGUCCAAGCCAUUCAUUUGGGCUUUCCAUGAAGAAUGGGUUGAAGGUUAGGAUAAUGAAAAGAGACCUUUGA